AUGCGAGCCGGUGUUGCGGGAUAUGAACACAGUUAUGACCCCCGCUUCCACGGCUCUCGCGACAACCACCUCCUCCUCGUGAGCGGCCCGGUCAUCGGUGCCCCCAAGGCCCAGGAGGAACGCGAGAGCAUUCCAUACGUCGGAGACAUAGAUUUGAGCCUCUUUGAGCCGGGGGGACCUGGUGGCAAGGACGGCGACCCCGUUCCCCCGAAGCACUCCCCCGAAGCCUCGUCGAUCCACAGCGUCGAGGGAGAAGAGCCAACAGCGCCCCUUGAUGACACUGCCUUGCCAUUGGCCGAGACGGGAGGAUCUGCGGAAGCCUCGGACAGAGCGGACGAUCUUCCUCCGGGUUCCCAGCCUACAGACGUGCUCGUCACUUCCGACGAAUCUUCGGGUACAACACAUACAACAACCCCCGAACUGGCGGAGGAAGAAGGUGUCAUCGUCACAGAACAGACUGGGCUCUUCGGAGAGAGCCCUGGCCCUACGACGAUCCCGAUCCCUGAUGACGUCGUACCGCCAGAAGGAUCGUCCUCAGUCUUGGUCGACGCCCCGGUCGAACUGAAGCACGCAACCGGUCCAGACGCGAACCUCAACGCGGAAUUGAUACGGAGGGAACUGUCUAUCGAUGCGUGCAUCGUCCAGUCUAAGGCCGAACCUCGACCGGACCACCCAAUCCUCGCUCCCGUCCACCUGAACUCCGACGGAGGUGAGAAGGCCGCCCUAACCUCACGCUCCCCAUCUCUCGUCCACCCCGACACCGAAGGUGAAGACACCUCCGUCGUCAAGACCGUCUCCGACGACGACGAGGCGGAGGCGAUGGUCGCGCGCCCGGAGCUCAUCGUCCUGCCGUACGUCGAGGUGGAAGCGCUCGACGGGCACGAGCGGAAGGAGAAGGAGAAGGAGAAGGAGAAGGAGAAGGAGAGCAGGCGGUGGUCCACGGACAUCAUGCUCCAGCGGCGCAGGAUGGUCGUGGACGCUGAGGAAGAUGGGGAAGCUUUGUCGGAGUGA